AUGUACAGAUAUUACCAGGUCUCCUUCCUCCUAGCCGACGACUCGCUCUUCGUCCGCUCCAAAGCACUCAACUCACCACAUCUUGUCGUGUGGCACGACAUCUUCUGGGCCAAACCACGGGGAUUCCAGUUCCCCGGCCACGCCGCACGCCACGCCCCAGACACCGCAGCCCACGAGUUCUCGAGUACGCAGAUAAUACUCGAGACGAGCGUCUUACCAGUCAAAUCCAAUUGGCCGGCUGAUUUGGCAGUGCAGAUGCAAGACAUCGCAAGUAGCAGUACAGUACCUGCUGACUGCCAUUUCCGCUGGGAUCCAGAGCUGGAAUACUACCCUGAUGACCCUGCUGGUCGGGCUUCCCCACCUCGCAACGCAAUCUAUGCAUUACUAUCUGAGGUCCAGGUUGUGCGGACUGCGGGAACGAAGAAUAUCCAGCGGCGGCUUGUGGGGCUGAUGCUUGUUCCUGCUGGGUUGAACAAGAGAACGUGGAAGAGGGUCGGGGUGUGGAAGUUACGGAUUAAUGUCAAAGAUGUGGCAGUUGAUGCGGGGAAUAUUGGGGGUGUUGCGGAGAGGUGGAGGGGGAAGAAGGUGGUUUCUGGGAAGUGGGAGCGGGUGGUUGUUACGAUUGUGUGA